UUUGAAGAUCAAAUAGCACGUGAAAUUAGUAAUUUUUAAUUAAACUAGAGUUUUAAUUGUAAACAAAACGGAAUAAGAACAGAAUAGUAAGACAAAGUGAUUCAAUUUAUACAGAGACUGUGAAAAACAAGCUUGAAAACACAAAACAAAAAAAUAGAGGAAAAUCGAAAUUUCAUAUUGUUUACACAAUUCUCUUAUUGUGAAAUAUUCAAGUUAAUUAAACAUUGAAACUCAAUUAUGGAUAAGUUAAAUAAUUAUGUUUUGAUGGAAAUCUUUGAAUAUCUUGAUGGGUCAUCCUUAAAAUGCUGCAUGGAAACAUGUUCGAGUUGGGCAGAAAUGAUUGGUACAUCAUUGUCAACAAUGAAGAAGCUCCCUUUAAUUAUAGACAGGGAAAGAAUAAGUGAUCAAAAGGAGAAAUUAGAAGAGAUUAAAACUUUAAAGAGAAAUUAUCAUUCAUUAAUUAUUGACGAGGUUCGUAUGACAUGCCUAAUUGUAACUCCUUUAAAAGCAUUAAUUGGAAAUAUUCGCAUCCUGGAACUGAUUCAUGUCGAUCAAACUGAGGCAUCAUGGAAAACAUUAUUAAGGAAUUUAAGUUCAGUUGAGAGGAUUACUCUUGUCGAAUCAAAACAUUCAAAUAACAAGAAAAUGGGAAAGGAAGAAAAGAUUGAAAUUCCAUCAUUGAAAUCAUUGACAGUGAUUGACAGCGAUUGGACAUUGUUUGAAGCUAUUGGAGAGACUCAAAUGGAAGAAUUAAAAAUCCAUCAUCGUUAUUUUUAUCCCUCAGAUGUCAUUCAUUUUCUUGAAUUUUUAAAGCUACAAAAUACACUAUCAAGUUUGGCAGUUCGUGUUCAACAAAUUUCAAUCUAUCGAAUAUUGCUGAAUGAUGAAGCAUGCAGUCUAAAGUUCCGUUUAAAGAAGCUAGCUGUUACUUUUAAGCACUGGAAUGAUGAAACUAAUGGAAAAUAUUUAAUUGAUUUUUUGGAUCAGCAUAAAGAGACAUUGGUGCAUUUUGAGACUGACAGUAAAUUAAGUCCAAAAAUCUUCGAACAUUUGUUCACCAAAAUGAAAUUUAAAUCAAUGAUGCUUAAUGCAUCAAAUCUUCCAAAAGAUUCCACUACAUUUUACAGUUCAUUGCGUCAAAAUCAUCACUUGACAAAAUUGGUUCUUACUGGUGAAUUCAACAGUCAUGUCGCAGCUCAAGGUAUUUUUACAAUUUAUCGCCAAAUUAAAGAUCUGUCAAUUAAUAAUUGGACAUCAGAAGUAGCCAACGAUAUACUUGUCACUAUCAUUAAUAAUUUAACAAUGAUAACGUUCCUAAAAAUUCCAUUUCUUGUUGAAAGCACUCCAGAAUUAACAAUGGCUUCAUUAAAGGAACUACAUAUUGAAAGCAUUGAUACUAACACCAACUUACAGUCAAUAAUUUUCAAUCAAAAUAAUUUAGAAAAGAUUUCCGUGAAAUGGAUUUAUGAUGACGUAAAUGAAGUUAUGGAACAGGCAACAAUGAGAUUAAAGAAGCUACAAUAUGCAACCUUUGGACCUGGAUUUAAACCAACUGGUCAAACUCUAAAGGCUUUCAAACAAAACUGUCAGAAUUUGCAUACAUUAGAAGUGUUUUAUGACUGGAAUCUUCCAAUUUCCGAGAAUAUUCUUAAUGACAUUAAUGGGAAUGGAUUUAAAGUUUAUCAAUACAAGAGUGACUCAGCAGCAGUGAUUUUUUCACCUGAAAAGAGCAUGUGGCAUGAAGAAGAUAAAAUAUUUGUUAAUUUGUCUAGUCAUCCAACGUCCGAAACGGAAUCAAUGGACGAUAGUGAAUCAGAUGAUGACUUUGAUUUUGGUGAUAGCAGCGAUGAUGAUAGUUUCGAUAAUAAUCCAUUUUACUAUUACAGCGAUAGCGAUGAAAUGGAUUUCGAAGAUUACAUGAUGCGAGAAGUUAUUGGAUUCUUAAUCAAUUAAAUUUCUAAGCUUAUAUAUUUGAAAAUUAUAAAUUUAAAGUUUUUCACAAAUUUUUUUUUAUUUCACUUUUUAAAGGUACAAAAAAUGUCACUAAGAAAAUAAAUGAAGUCUUUUGAUAUAUCC